GUUUCUCUCUUGAGUCCAAAAAAAACCUUUGAGCGUGUCGGACGUGUGUCGGUUCGGAAGAAUCUUCGAAAGAACUGCCGUGGGUGACUCGUCGUUGCGUCGCGUGUUUUGUGCUUGUGUUGGUUUUCCAAAUUCAUAUAAAAAGCUUAUUAAAUACAACAAAAAUAAUAAUAAUAAUAUGCUAAUGCAACGCCAAUCUUAGCAAUCGCUGUGUGCUUGCGACUCCAUAAUAAUAAACGAAAGCAACAGCCGGAGAGCGUGAGUGCCAAUUGCAAGACAAAAUGGCUGCAUUUCAACGCAUUUAAUGCGCGCACAAAAACACCAACAACAACAACACACAAGAGAACAACGUACACAAAGCAUAAGCAAACAUCCCCAGCAGCAACAACAACUUCUACUGUUACAAAGCAAAAACAAAAUCAUCAACAGCAACUCCAACAACAACACCAUUUUAAGUUGUGAGUUUUGAGUGAGUUUUAUAAUUUGGUUUUAUUUCGAUUUUUUCAUUUCAAUUAUGUUUUCCACGCGCGCGAAAUAAUAAAAAUAAAGAAGAGCAGUAAAAAGUAAUGCAUAAAAAUCGUAAAUCAUAUUACGUAGAUUUAUAGUGUACGUGACGGGUGUAAAAAUAAAAUCAAAUAAAAAAUAAUACCUAAAAAAAGAAAAAGAAAAUCGUAAAAAUAAUAAAAUAUCAAAUAGUGGCAAGUCGUGCGUGCAAAAAAAAUUAAAAAAGAAGCGUGUAAAAUUUAAUGGUGCGAAUUUGGUAAAUUAUGAAAGCCAUGUCUUAGGUGCAAAAUAUAGUUGCAAUCAGUAGUCGGGUAGUCGGGAUUAAUCGAGAAAGAAAAAAAAAGAAAACAACAACCACUCUAAUAAUCUAAUAAAUCCACUGCCAAAAAGCCUAAAGCAACAAAACAAAAACAACAGCUACAAUUAAAGCUAAAGGAAAGAGCUUUUGCUUUGAGGAUUUUAAGCAUUUCGACACGUUGGAUUCCAUUUGGAUAUAAUGUCAUCAACAUGUGGAUUAAAUAUGGUUUUCAUGUCGAUCAUUUUCAUUAUCAUCGUAAAUGGCUACGCAAAAGAUAUUUCCGGAGUUGAAAGAGGCCGUGAGCGACUCAACGAAUACAUAUCCCACUAUGAAACACUCAACUAUGAUCAUGAGCACGUUAGAGCUAGUCACAAUAGAGCGCGACGAUCGGUGACCAAAGAUCAUUUUGUACAUUUAAAGUUUGCAGCACAUGGAAGAGACUUCCAUCUUAGAUUAAAACGUGAUUUAAAUACAUUUAGUGAUAAGUUAGACUUUUAUGAUAGCAACGGCCCUAUUGAUGUGUCCACUGAUCACAUCUAUGAGGGCGAUGUGAUAGGGGAUCGUAAUAGUUAUGUAUUUGGUUCCAUACACAAUGGGGUAUUCGAGGGUAAAAUUAUAACGGAACGUGAUGCCUAUUAUGUUGAACAUGCCAAACAUUAUUUUCCCACAAAUCGCACGACGACCACCGCAAGCGCAACCGCAACCGCAACAACAUCGUCCUCGACGACAACGGGGUCGACAACUCAAAGAAGGAGCUCCACAAACAGCAGUCUCAACAGCAUUAACAACAAAACUGCCAUUGAUAAUAAGACAGAAAACUUCAUAAAUAAAAAUGCUGAUACCACCACAACGACGACGUCGACGACACAAACAACAUUCCCCGACUCUACGACAAUGUUCACAACAACAAGAACAACAACAACAGCGGAGGACGCCAUCAUCGACCAGGUGGAUGAGAAUGCCACCGCACAGGACGAACUUGAUUUUCACUCCAUUAUCUAUAAGGAGUCACAUGUUGAGGAUGCCUACGAGAAUGUGCGCGAAGGUCACGUGGGCGGCUGCGGAAUUACCGAAGAGGUCUCACAGUGGAUGGAGAAUAUACAAAAUUCAGCGGUCGAGGAGCUUCCCGUGCCGAUGUCAAAGGAUGUACAAAAGCUGCACCGGAAACAACAACAACAACAACAACAACAACACAAAAGGUUGUCUGCCCCACAGCAACAGCAUCAGCGACAACAUCCACCAAAGAAAUACGCCAGCGGCGAUGAUGAUUUCAAAUUUCCACAUCAAAAAUACACGAAGGAGGCCAACUUUGCCGACGGUGCAUUCUACGAUCCAGCCACCGGACGACGUCUCGGCUCCGCAGCCAAUGUCGCCGAUUGGCAUGACCAUGUCCAUGAGCGAGUGCGUCGCGCCAGCGGUGGCAAUGGUGGACGCGAUGGAGGAGGCGGUGGCUCUGGCUCCUCUUCGAGUGGUGGCUCUGGCUCAACUGGCUCGGGACGUGGUCGUGAGGACAACAAAAAUACCUGCUCGCUCUAUAUACAAACAGAUCCAUUGAUUUGGCGCCACAUACGCGAAGGCAUCGCUGAUCAUGAUCGUCAUGGGCGGGAUCACAAGUACGAGGUGGAUGAGAAAACCCGCGAGGAAAUCACAUCGCUGAUUGCACAUCAUGUGACGGCCGUUAAUUACAUUUACCGCAACACAAAGUUCGAUGGACGCACUGAGCAUCGCAACAUACGCUUUGAGGUGCAACGUAUCAAAAUUGACGACGACUCUGCCUGUCGGAGUUCCCACAAUGGACCACAUAAUGCAUUCUGCAACGAGCAUAUGGACGUAUCAAAUUUUUUGAAUCUGCACUCCCUAGAAGAUCACUCGGACUUUUGUCUGGCCUAUGUGUUUACAUACAGAGAUUUCACUGGCGGUACUUUGGGCUUGGCCUGGGUGGCCAGUGCAUCAGGUGCUUCGGGUGGCAUUUGUGAGAAGUACAAAACCUACACUGAGACUGUGGGCGGACAAUACCAGAGCACAAAGCGUUCAUUGAACACGGGCAUCAUCACCUUUGUCAACUACAACAGUCGAGUGCCUCCGAAAGUCUCACAGCUGACGUUGGCUCAUGAGAUUGGACACAAUUUUGGAUCACCGCACGACUAUCCUCAAGAAUGUCGACCUGGUGGACUGAAUGGCAACUAUAUAAUGUUCGCCAGCGCCACGUCCGGAGAUCGUCCGAACAAUUCGAAGUUCUCGCCAUGCUCCAUUCGCAACAUUUCCAAUGUGCUGGAUGUGCUCGUGGGCAAUUCAAAGCGAGAUUGCUUCAAGGCAUCGGAGGGAGCGUUCUGUGGCAACAAGAUCGUGGAAUCGGGCGAGGAAUGCGAUUGUGGGUUCAACGAGGAGGAGUGCAAGGACAAGUGCUGCUAUCCCAGGCUGAUCAGCGAGUAUGAUCAAUCGCUCAAUUCGAGUGCCAAGGGCUGCAAGCGACGUGCCAAGACUCAAUGCUCGCCGUCGCAGGGUCCCUGCUGUCUCUCCAACUCGUGCACCUUUGUGCCCACGCAUGCCUAUCAGAAGUGCAAGGAGGAGACGGAGUGCAGCUGGUCGAGCACCUGCAAUGGGACCACAGCCGAGUGUCCCGAGCCACGACAUCGCGAUGACAAGACAAUGUGCAACAAUGGCACCGCUCUCUGCAUUCGGGGCGAGUGCAGCGGUUCACCUUGUCUGCUCUGGAAUAUGACCAAGUGUUUCCUCACCUCGGCCACUUUGCCGCACGUCAACAAGCGCAAACUGUGUGAACUUGCCUGUCAGGAUGGCAACGAUACUGCCACCUGUCGCAGCACCAGUGAAUUUGCCGCCGAAUACAACAUUCAACGAGGUGGCAUCAGUCUGCAGCCUGGUUCGCCGUGCGACAACUUCCAGGGCUAUUGCGAUGUGUUCCUCAAGUGUCGGGCUGUCGACGCCGACGGUCCGUUGGUUCGUCUAAAGAAUCUGCUGCUCAACCGGGAGACGCUGCUCACAGUCGCCGAGUGGAUCACCGGCAACUGGUAUCUGGUGGUGUUGAUGGGCGUCGGAUUCAUCGUCAUCAUGGGCGCCUUCAUCAAGUGCUGUGCCGUGCACACGCCCAGUUCCAAUCCGAAGAAGCGACGUGCUCGACGCAUCAGUGAAACGCUGCGUGCGCCAAUGAACACGAUACGACGCAUGCAACGUCAUCCGCAUCAGCGUGGCGCUGGACCACGCAGCAUUCCACCGCCAGCACACGAGGCGCAACACUAUCCACGUGGUGGAGGAGGUUCGUCGGGUGGCGGUGCUGGCGGUGGGGGUGGAGGUGGAGGUGCUGGUCGACACGGCGGUGGACGAGCGCAUCAUCAUCAGAAUGCGCAUCCGCAUGAAUGGGAUCGUCAUCAGGGGGGGCACUCGAUAGUGCCACUGCCCACAGGCGGGAGCCACGCGAGUCGCAACUCGGCGGCGAAUCAAGCGCGACGCAGCGAUGGGCGUGGCACGCGACCCAGCAGCAGUGGACGGCCGCAGGCAACUGGAGGAGCACGUUCUGGGCGUCGCGCCCCCCCUCCGCCGCUACAAGUAAGCUAUAGUCGACCGACAUCGCUGCAUGACCAACAGCUACAACAACAUCAGCAGGAACAGCAGGAGCACCACCAACAGCGUCAGCAUCAGCAGGAGCAAGAACAUCAGCAACAGCCACCGCCACCGCCACAGCAACAGCAACCACACGCCUAUGCUGACGCCUACGCGGCGUUAGGGCGUGGCCUCUAUGAGUCAACGACGCGGGUGCCCCACAAUAGUAAAGUUUGACAGACAAAAUUGACGUCGGAGCGCCAUAAAAAACCAAAAGUAAAGGGACAAAAGAAGAAGCAGCAGCAACAACAACAACAUCAGCAACAAAAACAACGGCAACAACAACAACAACAGCUACAGCUAGCACAGCCACAACAAGAACAAAAAUCAAAUGAACUCAAAUUAAAUGUAAAUGUAAUUUUUAUGCUAAUUAUUUUUAUUUAAACAAAGCAUGCAAACAAAAAAAUCAACAAAAAAAACAACAAAAAUACAAGAGCAAAAUUGAAAUAUAGAAAAAAGCAGAGAAAGAGGAAAGAGGAAAAGUGAGGAGGGAAAAGGAAAUUUCAUAUGUACCAACAAACAGACAAACAAAAAAAAAAAAAAAAAAUGGAAAGAUAUUUUUGAUUAAAUUAAUUGAUAUGGAAAUGCAAAUCAUUAUUAUUAUAAAUAAUUAAAACGGCAGAUUGCAUAAUAUAUAGUAAAUAAACAAACACACACACACAAAUAUAUAUACAUAUAUAUAUAUAUAUACAAUACAUACAUAUAUACAUGCAUAUAUAAUAUAUUGAUUGUGCGUACUUAUUUACAAAGCAGCAACCACAUGAAUAAAACCAAUAUUUAAUGAAUGGGAAAUCAACAACAAAAAACCAAAAUACAAAAUUACAAAAGAAGCAAAAUACAACAAAAAAAAAAAUAUAUAAAUAAAAAUUAAAAAAAUAAAAUGGAAUAAAUAAACAAACAUCACACAUAAAUGUCGAACAUUAACUAACGAGAGCAAUAGCAAGAAAAAAAAAUUAAUUAAAAUUUAAAAGCGCAAAUCUAUGUUCUGUAAAAAGGUGCAAAUUAAUUAAUCGACAGAAAGAACAACAACAAGAGCGAAGCAUUUAAAUCGUAUUUAACUGUAAUACUGGCCAAAACUUUAGUUAAAGCCGUCAAAAUUGCAUUUGUAAACUAGCAACAACAACAACAACAACAACAGCAAGAGAAGAAAAA